UCUGCGCUUAAAUUAGUCCGUGCUUUCCAGAUGCGAGAGCAUAUGCUCGUCGCUAGUGUUAUUGGAAUAAUAGUAGCAGCUCCCAACCAUCCUCUUUAUUAAUGUCAAUAGCUAGUAACAUCAAGAAGAAUAAACAUUGCAACAACAACUACUAUACAAAUACUGUACAACAACAGCAAAAUAACAAAAUCAAAUGUUAAGCGACGCUACUGGAGAAAAUAUCGCUUAUCGCUCCUGAUCUGCUUAAGUGAUGAGCCGCCCUCAGCAGUUUGAAACUGUGCUGUGAGCUUAAACGUUGUUGUGUGCGCUGUAGCGUUUGACUUUCGGAAAAUUCAUAAAAUAAUACGUUAAUCAAGUGUUUUAAUUAAAUUUCGUAUUAACAUAAAAAAAAAAAUUAUUUAUAUAAAAUGCAGCCGAAAUUUUUGAUUUGUUUUCUUUUAUUCUUGAAUUAUGGAAUUUUUUGCUGUUUUGCCUUAAAUCAGUAUCAAAGCUAUGAAGAGGGGAUUUCAAGUACGGAUCGAAAUAUUUAUACGAACUCAUUGCUGUGUAUGGACAUAAAGCCUCAACACUCUGUGGAUAUUGAACAAAUCACUGGAUUAUGGUAUGGUAACGAGAUCAUUAUUCAUACACAGGAUAUUCCAGGUGUAUACCAGUAUGAUAGUUGCGUAAUAAUUCAUUUGAAUGACAUAACAGAACAAAUGCGAAAUUACUAUAAUAAUCACCAAUACACCAGUCAACGGCGAACACAAACCAACCAGCCACCUUCCCAACAUCAUCAACAACAACAACAACCUCAGAGCCAGCGCCCAUACAAUGACCAUACAGCAACACGAUACUUACGACUGAUAUGGAGUGAAAGUGAUAAUAAUCUGGAAUACAUGUUUAAUUAUACGGAAAGAAGUCCCGGCCUAUGGACAAAUGUAGGCGAGCAACGAGGGUCAUUAGAGGCGCUAAAUUCAUAUAAACAAUUCAAAGGCACCGUACAGGUGGUAAAGGCGGUUAACGAUCAUUUGGUGCUGACAUUUUGCGGUAAUGAAAUGAGCGGCUCCAUUUACACACUCGUGCUAAGCAGAACGGAAAAAGGGCUGAGUUUAGAGGAAUUGCGUAGCAUCCGAGGUUUGCUAUCCAGACGUGGCUUAUAUACGGAAACGAUUCGAAAGGUGUGCAGCUCUGCGGCUACAAGUUUGGGAGUUAUGAGUAGCUAUUUAUUGGCGCUGAUGGGAUUUUUCGCCAUUGCUAAAUAUUAUUUUUGAAAACAAAUUAUUAAUUUAAGAUUUGGUGUUAGUUCAAGUUUGAAAUUUAUUCUAAUUUUAUGUGCCUAAUUUUAUGCUUUAAUUAUGUAGAUAGUGUUUGUGCAACAUACUGAUUGGAAAAUAGCCAGCGGAAAAAAUUCAUUAAAUUUUGUGUACAAGAAUAAUACAUACAUACGAGUGUGUAUGCACAUUAGGGUGGCCCAAAAGUCCACAGAAAAAUCAACUUUUAGAAAUUUUCUUGCUGUCAGCCCCCAGAAUUAUAGAAAAUGGGAAACAAGGAGACCGGAUAUUAUUAUUUUGCAAUCGGUUAAUAUUUAAGCUUUGAAAUGUUCUAUAUAUUUUAUAUUGGAUAAAUAAAUUUCUUUGCGGAAUUGUCAUAAAAUCGUUAAAAAAUAAAUAUUUUUGAUCGAAACAAAAUAUUUCCCUUCAGAAGUAUUCCAUUACUUUAAAAUGUUACUAGCUAUUAAUUCAUAACGUGCCUAAUGUGCAUACGAACACAUAAAAGAACUAAUUUCUGUAAAUGCAUAAGAGAUGAGAUUAUCGGUUAUGAAAAAGUACUUAGCAAAAAUUUUUAAUUUAAAUAUACGUCCGAAUUUUAUUUCUGAAGUGAAAAACUUUUAUUCCAGCAAAAAACAUUUAUUUUUAGCAGUUCUAUGAAAAAAAUUUAUGUUCUUAAUAUAAGAUACAUACAUAUAUGGAAAGCUUCGAAACCCGACGGCACGGUUAAACGUCAACUGAUUUCAAAAUAAAAAAUACUGGUCUCCUUAUUUUCGAUAUUAAUUAGUUCGGGAGCUGACAUUAUUUUUUUUUUAUCAUCCUAAUGUGCAUAAAUAUGUUAAUUUUUGUACAUAUAUUAGUAUAGAUAGUAUAUACAUAUAUGUUUAACAAUAACAACAAUAUUUUUUUUGAAAUUGCGUCCAAUUAAAUUCAAUUCAAUUAAAUUAGUCAAACUCCAGUGUCAGAGUGAGAAACGAUGCCAAAGCUAUCUUCAUUUGUUCAUUCACAUUCAUAGGUACAUACAUAUAUUCAUACAUAUGUAUAGUUAUAGUAUAUAUGUAUGUACCCAGAGAUAUUGCACACACGAAAUACUUCCAUAUUUACGAGUAGGCGUAUAAUGCGUCUAAUUAAAUUAUUUGUGCAGCUAAUUAAGUUAAGAUUACAAAAAACAAAAAAAAAAUGUCUCGCAGAAAUUUCGUCUAAGAUUGGAUAAACGUUUCCAGCCUAUUAAGGAAAAUAAAAUAUUAUUUCCUUUUACGUAACAGAAACUCUCAAACAGAAAAGUUUGAAUGAAACUUAAUUGUGGUUCUAGACUGUGUGACGUCUAACGGUUGCGAAAUGGAGGAAAAACAUACAUACAUAUAU